AUGGUUAUCAAGUUCUGCAACAGUACUUCUGCGAAAGCCGAUAGCGUUAUUAGUUGCAAUAGUAUCAAAUCUCAGGUCCGUCAGAUUAUCGCUAAAAUAGACAACCCGGCUUCAUACCCUCGCUAUGCCCACGAGAGUGCAUACCGCUGCCUCGUCGACAUGAACAAAGCCUUCCCUGUCCUAGGCCAUCUAGCCAAGCGCCAAAUUCUCUUUGCAGGCCACGGCGCACACAUCAUGGCCUAUCCCGUCGCCGACUGCAAGUACCUCAACCCGCAUAACCAGAAGCAUACAGUUUCAGCAAACAAGGACGACAUCAUCGACUCGUUCUCCCGAUUCGGCCCUUACGUGCGGGAUCUAGGCAUAUUUAACACGUUGGAUCACCCGCUUUCUUCCUUCACCAACGGCCACAUCACACUUACCAGCGAUGCCACUCACGGUACAACUCCUCAUCUCGGAUACGGCGCGGGGAUAGGUAUCGAAGAUGCAACGGUGCUUAUAGCUAUUCUAGACAAGGAAGAUGCUCUGGUACAUGCAUUCGAAACGUAUAAUUCGGUUCAUCGAGAGCGCGCACAGUGGCGAGGGGAUUGGGAUAGAAUCUACAAGGAUAUAGAUAAACGGAUUCCACCGCUGCUAUUGUUUGACUUGGAAGGCAUAAUUCGUCAAGCCACUAACGAGUUCGCCCGCCGUAUACAUUCCUGA